UCGCUGUGCCCAUCAGUGAGCGGCCAGCCUGCUCCCUGUGUCGUCCCGAGUUGGGUGUGUCUUGCAGGGGGCCGUCACCCCCUCCCGAUGGCACACGCCUCUGCUUCCCUCCAUCCACUGGGGGGUUGUGGGGCCAUGGUGCCCCCUGCACUUCCCCGCUGACCUGCUCCUCCUCCCGUGUCCCGCAGGCCCCAGGGAGCGCCAUGGCCCGCGCACGCCAGGAGGGCAGCUCUCCGGAGCCCAUAGAGGGCCUGGCCCGCGACGGCCCGCGCCCCUUCCCGCUCGGUCGCCUGGUGCCCUCGGCCGUGUCCUGCGGCCUCUGCGAGCCAGGGCUGCCCGCCGCUCCCGCCGCCCCCGCCCUGCUGCCCGCCGCCUACCUCUGCGCCCCCGCCGCCCCGCCCGCCGUCACCGCCGCCCUGGGGGGCCCCCGCUGGCCUGGGGGUCCCCGCAGCCGGCCCCGAGCCCCGAGGCCCGACGGUCCCCAGCCGUCGCUGUCCCCGGCCGAGCAGCACCUGGAGUCGCCCGUGCCCAGCGCCCCGGGGGCCCUGGAGGGCGGCCCCACCCCGGCGGCCCCGGGAGUCCGGGGCGAGGAGGAGCAGUGGGCCCGAGAGAUCGGGGCCCAGCUGCGGCGGAUGGCGGACGACCUGAACGCGCAGUACGAGCGGCGGAGACAAGAGGAGCAGCAGCGACACCGCCCUUCGCCCUGGAGGGUCCUGUACAAUCUUCUCAUGGGACUUCUGCCCUUACCCAGGGGCCCCGGAGCCCCGGAGAUGGAGCCCAACUAGGUGCCUGCACCCGCACGGUGGACGUCGGGGACUCGGGGGGGCAGGACCCUCCCGCCUCCUGACGGCCUGGCCAGCGCGGGGGACUCUCUUUCUGCACCAUGUAGCAUACGGGACUCCCAGCUCUGCCUGGCCCAGC